AUGACCAACACCCUGCUUGGCAUGCAGUACGGCCCAGGGCUACCCCCGCCCCCCGCCCCCGCGCGCCCCUGGGCCGCCUCACCUCUGCCGGGACCGAGCCCGCAGCGCGGCGGCGCCCCCGCCCCCCUCCGCGACGCGGGCACCGGGGCAGGCGGCCACCGCCACGCGGACGCGAGCCCGAGACGCCGCGGCACCUGCCCCUCGCCCUCGCGGGUGCCCGCCCCCCGCCCGAGGCAUCUCCCGCCGGGCCCUGGCCGGGCCCCCCUGAGCAGGACUGGGGGCCAGGCGGGGCAGAGGUCCUGGCCGGAGACCGCGGAAGGGGGCGCUCCCUGCGCAGACCCGAGCAGCCGCGGGGGGCCCCCAGCCCUGGUCUCCCCCGCACCCCGUGGCCCUCAGAGGCUCCUCCGAGGGGCCCCGCCCCAGCCCCACUCCACCCCCGCUCCGCCCCCGCGAGGAGAGGGCGCUGAGACGUACCGGCGGCCGGCGCGCGCGGGUCCCCGAGGGGCCGCACGGAUGCAGCGGGGGCUCCCACCCUUGACGGCCGCGGCGGCCCCCCGAGGGCGCACGAGGUCCGGCGGCCGGGCUGCGGGGCUCCGUGCGGGGCGGCGCUGGGGGGUCGGGAGGCGGCGGGCGGGCGGCUCUGGGUGUGGGUCGGCCGGGAGCCAGCCCGGGCGGAGCAGGAGCCGGGAGCGGCCGCGUGGAGGCCGAGGCGCGCACAGCUGUGGGCCGGGGCCUCCGAGAGCUCGAGGGUCGCGGGCGUGGCUGUUGCUGCUGCUGUUCCUGAGGCUGCCUUUGCCGCUGCGGGGGGCCCAGGCGUUUCAAGGAAACAACCCUGGAGAGCCAGUCACCCUGCAUUGGAUCCUGGAUGGACAAAUCCGAAGCAAGGUCACCUGGGAGGAGCCGGUCUCGAAGCUAGACACAGGGCUGGUGGCCGUGGAGGCUAAAGGGCAGGAGCUCCUUCUGGAGCUGGAGAAGAACCACAGGCUGCUGGCCCCAGGAUACACAGAAACCCACUAUAAUCCAGAUGGGCAGCCGGUGGUGCUGGUCCCCAACCACACGGACCACUGCCACUACCAUGGGCACGUGAGGGGCUUCCCUGACUCCUGGGUAGUCUUCAGCACCUGCUCUGGGAUGAGAGGCCUGAUUACACUGGGCUGCAAUGCCAGUUAUUAUGUGCAUCCAUGGUCAGCUGGAGACUCUGAGGACUUCAUCACUCACAAGAUGUUCCAGACCCAGCAGCUGCUUAGCUGGAAAAGGGCCUGUGGCCACAGGGAUGCCAGGAACAAAGGGGAUAUGGCCAGCCUUUCUCGUGCCACUCAAAUCAAGGAGAGGCGGGAGGUCCGCAAGAGCCCAAAGUUCCUGGAGUUGUACAUAGUGGCUGACCACACACUGUUCUUAACCCAGCACCGGAACUUGAACCACACCAAACAGCGCCUCCUGGAGGUGGCCAACUAUGUGGACCAGAUUCUCAGGACUCUGGACAUUCAGGUGGCACUGACCGGCCUGGAAGUGUGGACGGAGCAGGACCAGAGCCGCGUCUCCCCGGACGCGAACGCCACGCUCUGGGCCUUCCUGCAGUGGCGCCGGGGGCUGUGGGCACGGCGGCCACACGACUCCGCGCAGUUGCUCACGGGCCGCGCCUUCCGGGGCGCCACCGUGGGCCUGGCGCCCAUCGAGGGCAUGUGUCGCGCCGAGAGCUCGGGAGGCGUGAGCACGGACCACUCAGAGCUCCCCAUUGGCGCAGCAGCCACCAUGGCCCACGAGAUAGGUCACAGCCUUGGCCUCAGCCACGACCCUGAGGGCUGCUGCGUGGAGGCGGCGGCUGAGCAAGGCGGCUGCGUCAUGGCUGCGGCCACCGGGCACCCGUUCCCGCGCGUCUUCAGCGCCUGCAGCCGACGCCAGCUGCGCGCCUUCUUCCGCAAGGGGGGCGGUGCGUGCCUUUCCAACGCGCCGGACUCCAGGCUCCUAGUGCCUCGGGCGCGCUGCGGGAACGGCCUCGUGGAGGAGGGCGAGGAGUGUGACUGCGGCGCCAGCCAGGAAUGCCAGGACGCCUGCUGCCUCGCGCACAACUGCUCGCUGCGCGCGGGGGCCCAGUGCAGCCACGGGGACUGCUGCGCGCGCUGCCUGCUGAAGCCGGCCGGCGUGCCGUGCCGCCGAGCUGUGGGCGACUGUGACCUCCCAGAGUUCUGCACCGGCGCCUCCCCCUACUGCCCCCCGGACAUUUACCUAUUGGACGGCUCGCCCUGUGCCAGCGGCCGGGGCUACUGCUGGGAUGGCGCGUGUCCUACACUCGAGGAGCAGUGCCAGCAGCUCUGGGGGCCUGGCUCCAGCCCAGCCCCAGAGCUCUGUUUCCAGAUCGUGAACUCGGCGGGAGACGCCCACGGGAACUGUGGCCAGGACGGCAAGGGUGGCUUCGUACCUUGUGCGCAGAGAGAUGCGCAGUGCGGGAAGCUGCAGUGCCUGGGAGGGGAGCAGCACCCACUCCCACCACACACGGUGCCCGUGGACUCCUCUGUUGGGCUAGGCAGGGAGGAGGUGACCUGUAGGGGAGUGUUCUUGCUGCCCGGCGUCCAGCUGGACCUGCUGGACUUGGGCCUGGUAGAGCCAGGCACCCCAUGUGGACCUAGAAUGGUGUGCCAGAACAGGCGCUGCCAAAACACUACCUUCUUGGAGCUGGAGCAAUGCCUAACAACCUGCCAUGGUCAUGGGGUUUGCAACAGUAACAAGAACUGCCACUGUGCUCCGGGCUGGGCUCCGCCCUCCUGUGACAAGCCAGGAUUUGGUGGCAGUGUGGACAGUGGUCCUAUGCAGCCUGAAAACCACAAGACCUUCCUGCUGGGGGUAAUCCUUAGCUUCCUGCUGCCUCUACUCCCAGGGGCUGGCCUGGCCUGGUGCUGCUGCCGGCAGCCCAGAUCCGGUCUCCAGCAAUGCCUCUGGGGCUUGAGGAGGGAUCCCUCCUGUAGCAGGCCCAAAGAUGGCCCAAAUAGGGACCGCUCCUCCAGCAGCAUUCACCCCAUGGAGCUGGGCCCAGCAGCCACUGGAGAGCCCCAGCCUCUGGACCUGGAGAACUCUGCCAGAGCCCAGGAGCCACCUUGAGAAGCCUCUGCCUUGCUGCUCUGCCUGCAACCACAAGCAGGUCAGGUCCAGAAGCCAAGAUCCUGUCUCUGGUGAGAGGAAGCUCCUGAGAUGAGGAUGCUUAUAGCCAGUCGCCUACUGACAGCCUAUCCAGGGACUUGGUCUCCCAGGGGCACAGUCAGAGAGUCAGACCUCCUGCACUCUUGCAGCCUGCAAAUUUCUGCCCUGCGUUGAGCUUACCCUAUCUACUCCAGGACCCCAGAGCCUUAGCAGAAGGUGCCAAUGCUAUCCCCAUUCCUUAGGACUAGGGGAUCCAGCCCAAGAAUCUAUCAGUCCCAGAAACAAAGGUCAUGUAGUCACUGACCUCCUAUCACCAGGGGAGGCUAGGUCAUGCUGGGCAUCAGGAGAGGCCUCUGUCCAGGGAGGCUGGGUGUCUCUGCUACAUGUGCUUUAUAUAGACCCAGCUCUGUAGAGGCCAGGGACUAUUGGACCAGAAGCCUGGGCUCUGGGGGCCCUACAUUUCAGACUCAGUCCACUUCCCUGGAGCCUGGCCUCUGCAAAAAAAAAAAAAAAAAAAAAAAAAAAAUCAAAAUCCUUGGGACUCCCCUCCCUCCCCUUUCCUGCUUUGGUUUGUCCCUUGGACACUUCUUCACCAUCACCCCUGUUCUUGGUCCUCCACUGGAGACUUUAGAGGAGUGUUGGGUCUGCUGUAGCCCCCUCACUCUGGACACUACUCAGCCUCUCCUCCCUUUCUUGGGAGGAGGCAGAAGGAGCUGUUUUAAAAAGGACACCAAAAUAGAAGCCUCUGUGAGUCUUUUCUCUA